AGUAUCAAGCGAUAGUGGAACUGAGGGCCUCUGGGAAUUAAACGUGAGCUAGGUUUGGAGGCUUUACCUUUCUAUUCUGCCUACAGAAAGGUGGCUGAACUUUUAACUAGGAAGAAGGUUUUUCAAAGUAUAGCUUGUUCGGUUUCUCUCGGUUGGUAUCUUCAAUGAGUUUUUGAUUCCGUUCUCCAGCAGCACAGAGGCCUUGACUUGACCGAUGUCAGUUGUUCAUUUCUUUGGUGCCAACUUGAAUAUUUAAAUUUGGGGGAGGAGCGGUCAACAGACCAUCACAGGUCCUCCAAAUUUGGCCAGAUGCUGGCCAGCUAUUUAAUCCCUGGGGCUUGGACCCCAUAGGUAUUCUGUGACCUAAGUAACCAAGCCCCAAACGGCUCAACGCUAUGCCUUUUAGGAUAUUCAAUUACUUCAGGCCUCUUAAAGGCAGAGAGGAAGACUGACUGUUCCCAGGACUGGCCCUCAGCACCUACCUCGGGUAGAUUGGAGUCUCCCGAGGAAAUUAGAGUACGAAAUCUAACGCAGGAGCCAUACUGGAUGAACAUUUUUUGGAGGGGGGAAGAGGGGAAACGUAGGAUCAUCAUCGUGCGUUCAUCCUGGACGAAUUCAACAACGGAGGGUAAGUCAUUGGAGACCCAAAGCGCAGGGCCGGAAGAGGCGGGCCCUUGUGAGCACCGCCCACCGGACAUGCCCCCUGGGCCUCACCUGGGAAACCUGCCAAGUGUGCACCGCCAUGUUUGUGCUUCGACGCCUCGGGGUCCUGCGGCAGCCGUCUCUUCACCUCUUGACAAGUAAGGUUUGGAAGAAGUGGCCUGUGGUGACCCUGAAUUCUUACUUUUUUGAGGAUGAGAAAGAAGAAAAUUCCAAACCCAUUGGUCGUUACCCGGUUCCCUAUAAGAAGGACCUGCCCUUUGACAUUGUAGAGCUCAUGGAAGAGAUGAAAAGAACGACAGGAUUUUUACCAAAUGUAUUUAAAGUGUUGUCUUACCGGCCUUCGGAAUUCAGAGCUUUCUUUGCGUACUACAAUGCCAUCUAUAAUAAAGAAACAGGUCGGCUCAGCAAAGCUGACAAGGAACUCAUCAUCGUAGUGACCAGCCUGGCUGAAAGGUGCCUGUACAGCGUUGUUGUCCACAGUGCCCUCUACAGGGUCUACUCGAAGAACCCAGGACUCUCUGACCAGGUCUGUAUAAACUGGAAAAAGUCUGACCUCCCUGCUAGAGAAAAAGCAAUGGUAGAGUUUGCACUUGCUGUUUCCCAAGCUGAUGAUAUAACAGAUGACCAUUUCAAAAAGCUGGAAAUGCAUGGCUUCAAUAGAGAAGAUGCCUGGGACAUAGCUACCAUUACAGCUUUCUAUGCUAUGGCCAACCGCCUUGUUCAUUUUAUCGACAUCAUUCCUAACAAGGGAUACUAUUCAUUGGGUAGAAACAGUGAUACUAAACAGAUAGAGAAUGAACGUACUGCUCCGAAAGUAUAAAAGCCUGACAGGAAAGGCCAGUAUUUAUCAUUUCAGUUAUGUUGCAUUAGAAGACAUCAGUUGGAUAGCAAUUCACAAUAAAUACAAAAACAUCUAA